AUGAAAGUAGUAUACUAUAAUGAGAAUAUAUUGUGUGUUGGUGAAUGCAGUGUUAAAGCAACUAUUGAGAGGUACAAAAAAGCAUGCUCAGAUUCCCCAAACAAUGUCUCUAUAUCAGAAGCAAACACACAGUAUUACCAGCAAGAGGCAUCGAAACUACGCGCGCAGAUCAGUAAUUUGCAGAAUCAAAACCGGAACAUGCUUGGUGAAUCUCUUGGGGGACUGACAUUGAGGGAGCUCAAGAAUUUGGAGGGUAGGGUUGAAAAAGGAAUUAGCAAAAUCAGGACCAAAAAGGUGCUUUGUAAAUUAAAAUAAAUUAGUAUUUUGAAA